ACAGCACUCGUACCUGGAGCUACUGCUUGGUUCUCUGAGAGGUCCCAGAACUCUGCAAAGUGAGUCCAGUGCUGGUAAGUCACCACCUUCUUAGGGUCAUGCCCAUUUGAUCUGCAGCCAGCCAGUCAGGGAUGGUGACACACAUCCCAAAGUGGCACAGAAUAUUUUUCUGUCUGUUUUGUGGGAUGAACAGAUUUAGGCUUUCAUUUUUCCUCUAAAUGUAGUUUUGUCUUCAUCCAUCAAAUUGUGAUUUGUGCUUGGUUUCUGUCCUUUUAAAAUUCUUAUCGAAGCAGUUUUUAAAAAAUAUAUUAAAAAUUUACAGUUAGAUGAAUUUUUAUUUCUUGACAUUUGAAGAUAUUUGUUUUUGUGCCCUUCAAUUACAGUUCAUAGACUUGGUGUUAUUGUGCUUCUCCAAGUGUGCUUUCAUUUUCACGAAAUCCUUAAAGGUAUCCCACAUACCAAUCUCAAGAGUGCAGUUUUGCUCAGAUCAUGGGAUUUAUUUUUGCCCCUAGGAUCCGUCCAAAAGUGGGUAAUUGUGAGUAUGUGGAAGUGAUGUGUAUUGGAACCUUCAUCUUGGAGUUACAGUGCUCUAGAAUAGCAUCAUAGCACUUUUACAGUUUCUGGUUAAUUAUUAUUUAUUUUUUAUUUUUUGAGAUGGAGUUUCCCUAUUGUUGCCCAGGCUGGAGUGCCAUGGUGUGAUUUGGCUCACCGAAACUUCUGCCUCCCGGUUACAUGUGAUUCUCCUGCUUCAGCCUCCUGAGUAGCUUGGAUUACAGGCACUCACCACCAUGCCCAGCUAAUUUUUGCAUUUUUAGUAGACACGGGGUUUCGCAUGUUGGCCAUGCUGGCCUCAAACUCCUGACCACAGGUGAUCUGCCCACCUCGGGCUCCCAAAGUGCUGGGAUUACAGGAGUAAGCCACUGUGCCCGGCUACAGUUAGCAUGUCUCUACAUACCUUCCAAAUGCUGUGGAGUACCAUCACACCACUUUUACAGUUCCAGUGAAUUAUUUUGUGUUUUUCUGGGAUGUAUUCUGACUCUGUCACCCAGACUGGAGUGCAGGGCACUGAGCUGGGCUCCCUGAAAACUCUGCCUCUGGGGUUCAAGUGAUUCUCCUUCCUCUGCCUCCACAGUAGCUAGGAUGACAGUCAUGCAUGACCAUGCUUGGCCAAUAUUUAAAUUAAUUAAUUUGUCAAUUUGCUUAUUUUUGAGUCAGAGUCUAAGUCUGUCAGCCAGGCUGGAGAGCAGUGGUGCGAUCUCGGCUCACUGCAACCUCUGCCUUCUGGAGUCAAAUGAUUCUUAAUUUUUUUAUAUUUAGUAGAGACAUGGUUUCAUUAUGUAGGCUAGGCUCUUCUCGAGCUCCUGACCUCAAGUGAUCUGCCUGCUUUGGCGUCCAGCAGUGUUGGGAUUACAGACAUGAGCCACAGCACCGGGUCCAUUUCUGGUAGAAAAUUUUCAAAAUAAAAAAUAAUGGCAUCGAUUUUAGGGAGUCCCUUUAGUGUUCCCCCAGCAUGUUCAUGGUGUGAACUGAGCAUGUAGGCUGUCUGGGGCCACAGGAAACUCUCAUUCUCAUUGCUUUAAGGUGGUAAGUGGCAAGGAAUUUUUCCUCAAAGAGGUAGAGCUUGGCUUUCAGGAUCCUCAGUGGCACUGUCCGGUGGUUCUGGGAUUCAGUGGAGCAAUGGAUGAAAGUUAAUAAGCCAGUGGUCCCUUUGACCCCUCCCUCCUUGGUGUUUGGAAGACAUUCUUCCUGGUACCAGUAGAAGCAGAAGUAUAGAUUUGAAGUCACCAAGUGCAGAGUGGAAUUGGGGUAAAGUGGUAAUUUUUCUACCUCUACCAGAGCAAUGAUAUUGGUCCUAGGAGAAGAUGAGGUGAUUGUGUUUGCCCUGAGAGUGAUACGUUUUCCCUGGAUUUGUCUUCUAGAAAUUUUCCUUGCAGAUCCAUCAGGAUGAGCAUCCAGGUCCCACCCAGACUCCUGGAGCUGGCGGGGCAGAGCUUGCUGAGAGACCAGGCCUUGGCCAUCUCUGCCGUGGAGGAGCUGCCCAGGGUGCUCUAUCUCCCACUCUUCAUGGAGGCCUUCAGCAGGAGACACUUCCAGACUCUGAGGGUGAUGGUGCAGGCCUGGCCCUUCACCUGCCUCCCUCUGGGAUCGCUGAUGAAGACGCUUCAUCUGGAGACCUUAAAAGCAUUGCUGGAAGGACUUCAUAUGCUGCUUACACAGAAGGUUCGUCCCAGGAGGUGGAAACUUCAAGGGCUGGAUUUGCGGGAUGUUGAUGAGAAUUUCUGGGCCAUAUGGCCUGGAGCCUGGGCCCUGUCCUGCUUCCCAGAGGCCAUGAGUAAGAAGGAGACAGCAGAGGACUGUCCAAGGAUGGAAGAGCACCAGCCCUUAAAGGUGUUCAUAGACGUCUGCCUCAAGGAAAUACCCCAGGAUGAAUGCCUGAGAUACCUCUUUCAGUGGGUUUACCAAAGGAGAGGUUUAGUACACCUGUGCUGUAGUAAGCUGGUCAAUUAUCUAACGCCGAUUAAAUAUCUCAGAAAGUCAUUGAAAAUAAUCCACCUGAAUAGUAUUCAGGAGCUGGAAAUUCGAAACAUGUCCUGGCCACAACUGAUAAGAAAGCUUCGUUGUCACCUGAAGGAGAUGAAGAAUCUUCGCAAACUCGUUUUCUCCAGGUGCCAUCAUUACACGUCAGACAAUGAACUCGAGGGUCGGUUAGUUGCCAAAUUCAGCUCUGUGUUCCUCAGGCUGGAACACCUCCAGUUGCUUAAAAUAAAAUUGAUCACCUUCUUCAGUGGACACCUGGAACAGCUGAUCAGGUGCCUCCAGAACCCCUUGGAGAACUUGGAAUUAACUUGUGGCUACCUAUUGGAAGAGGAUGUGAAGUGUCUCUCCCAGUACCCAAGCCUCGGUUACCUAAAGCAUCUGAAUCUCAGCUAUGUGCUGCUGUUCCGCAUCAGUCUUGAACCCCUCGGAGCUCUGCUAGAGAAAAUUGCUGCCUCUCUCAAGACCCUCAUCUUGGAGGGCUGUCAGAUCCACUACUCCCAACUCAGUGCCAUCCUGCCUGGCCUGAGCCGCUGCUCCCAGCUCACCACCUUCUACUUUGGCAGAAAUUGCAUGUCUAUGGACGCCCUGAAGGACCUGCUGCGCCACACCAGUGGGCUGAGCAAGUUAAGCCUGGAGACGUAUCCUGCCCCUGAGGAGAGUUUGAAUUCCUUGGUUCAUGUCUAUUGGGAGAUCUUCACCCCACUUCGGGCUGAGCUGAUGUGUACACUGAGGGAAGUCAGGCAGCCCAAGAGGAUCUUCAUUGGUCCCACCCCCUGCCCUUCCUGUGGCUCAUCACCAUCUGAGGAACUGGAGCUCCAUCUUUGCUGCUAGGGAAGGCGUGCCUAGCGGGGUAGAGAAAUCCAAAGUUCUCUUCCAGGCACUUGGACACUAAAAUCUACUCUGUACGUGCAAGCUAUUUUUCUAUUUUCUUAUUUCCAUUUUUAAUAAUUCCAAAAUUUUUAUUAAAGACAAUUUGAGACAGUGUUUCUCUAUGUUGCUCCAGCUGGGCUUAUGGGAUCCUCCUGCAUCAGCUUCCUAAAGUGCUGGGAUUACUGGCAUGACUGACUGUGCCCAGGCCACAUGCAACUUAAAGGAAGCACAGGCAAGUGCUCAGUGUGAGGGAAAAAAAAAGAUAACAGCAAGGGGCAAGGCUGGAGGGAAAUGUUGAGGUGACGUCAAUGAGAACUUCAGGGACCCGUGUCCUACAGAGUCAGAAAGAGAAGCUAAAGUUCUGCAUUGAUGAUAAUGUUAUCCCUGCAAGGACGGUUACAGAGGAAUAUCAGAAACAAAGAGUGCCUGAAUGAAAACUUUUAACCUGUUGUAGCAAUUUUUCCAUCAGAAAUCUCUAGUGAUUGAGUUACUGAUGGAAAAAUAAUGAAAUACUAAUUUGUCUGUGAUUGAGUUUCAGCUGUAGAACAUCAAAGCAACCAAAUAAAAUUUGAUCAUUUUG